AAGAGACUUGUUUCGUAAAUAACAUUGUUAAUUAAAAUUUUAAUACGUUUCUGAAUGUUUACGCCAGUGGCGACGCCUAGCGAUAGCGUUUUUAAGCGCGCCGUGGAAAGGCCUGCUGGUUUUCAGGUAUUUCAUUGGGUCCCGUUCUGUGUCGAGCUUGAAGGAUGGGAAGACGCAGAAGCAAGCGGAAGCCGCCGCCAAAACGCAAGAACAUCGAACCCCUGGAGACGCAGUUUAACUGCCCCUUCUGCAACCACGAACGGUCGUGCGAAGUCAAAAUGGACCGGCAACGGAAUACGGGUCGCAUCACCUGCAGAGUCUGCCUGGAAGAUUUUCAGACGGCGAUAAACUACCUCUCGGAAGCCAUCGAUGUCUACAGUGACUGGAUCGAUGCCUGCGAGAGCGCAAACCAGUAAGGCGGGAAGGCCCGUCUAUCCUUCAUGUACAUAUUGUCCAUAGGAAUCACAGGUGGAAAGGAGUGUCAUCGGAGCGUGCGUGUGCAAGAGCUUGCAUCUCUCAGUGUUGUGUCGUCGUCGUCCCACCAAGUGGUGUGUGGACCAUAAGCAAGACCCCCCCCUCCCAGAGCCAUUGGUGUUGUGCCCAUUAGCAUCUGUAAGGCAGUGCCCAGAAGCGCGUGUAGUGCUACUUCUCGUCAUUUGACGAUGUGCUGCAGUCUCUGUUGUAAUGUUUGAUGGUUGGGGAAACCAAUUAAAAUCUGUUUUAUGUUGGGA